UUCUGUAAAAUAUCCUCUAAUAGGGGACACUGAAACAUACCAUCUCGUGACAGCAAUGGAACAGCUGUUUGUGAAAGUGCUGUACGCCACUGAUGGUUAUUGAUUUUAGAUGUUUUUCUCUGAGGUUUCGGUCAUCGAUCCUUGUAUUCCCGUGAGGGAGACUCGCUGUACCUCCUCAGGAAGCGCGCGGAAAACACCUUCAGUCUCCACGCUCAGACCGGAGCGCGAGCGCAUCUCUUCUCAUUCCUUCAGGCGGGAAGCGCGCGGUUCUGAAGAGACCUGCUGCAACAGUCGCUAAUAAAAUUGAUAUUUUUUGGAAGAACGCCGUCGAAUAAGUGAUGAAGUGUUCAUUGUUUGUCAAGUGUUCAUGACAGAUGUCAUUGGAGUAAGUUCACGGCACCUCUGGAUAUAUACUGUUGCUUCGGUGGAAUAUCAAGGAAUAAUGUGGAAAUAUUUCAGAUGCCAUGGUGGAUGACAUCCGACAAUGAACAUUUUUAGAAGCAAUUCCAAACUUAUCAACCAAAGACAAAGCCAUUUGACUAUAACUGUGUGUUCCACCCUGAUGUCAAGGCCUUGUCCCUCCACCCGAGGUCCUAAACCUCCUGUGGCACCCAAACCAAGGCAAGCCUCUGAGGUGAGCCAAAGCACUGUGAGCAAUGGGUACAUAACAUCCUCUGAUAGACUGGAGCUGAACCAUGAUAAUGAAUCAGAUGUCACACAGGAUGAAGCAGAUGCAUCCAGAGAAAACUGUACGGAUGAUGACGUGGACUUAUCUGACAAAGAGUUUACUGUAAAUUAUGAGACUAACCAUGACACAAGUUGCUAUAAUGAAAUAGAGGAAGAAUUACAAAUGGCAGUGGAUGAAACAGUGGGAGGUAGGAUGGAUGAAGGUAAAGUUCAUCAAGCCACUGAAAUACAGCAUUCAGCCUCUUCAGAUUUAUUGGAAGUGGUCGAUGAAAGUCUUGAUUCAGCAGUUGAGGACCACAGCAAAAACACUCAUGAUACCAAGCCAGCUGAGAAUGGAGAAGAUGCUUAUAAUGUACUUGAGGACACCUGUGCAUUUUCUGAGAAUGAGACACUCAUUAAAGAUCAGCCUGCAGGUGAAUCUCAAAGUCCGUAUGAGGAGAUUCAGGACCCAUCAUCAGACGGUUUUUAUUGUGCCAAUGAUCAAUAUGAAGAGGACACUAGAACAGGUGCAAAAUGUGUUCAUGAGGCACAAGAAGACGAGACUGGACUUUCUUCAAAAGCUACAAACUGCAGUCAACCCUCACUAUGUGAGGAAUACCCUUAUGAUGUCAUUGGCACACUGGAUGACAACAGUACUUGGCAGGCUGAACGUGCUACCAAAGACCCAUCUGGACGUUUCAGGUUUGCAGAGGAGACAGAGGAUGCAUACGAGCCCUACUCUGUCAUAGAGGUUGUGCCAAGUGAUUUGACAUGUACCUCUGAUCCAGAAGCAAGAUGUACUGAUGAUGAGUCCAGCAAUGAGAAACCAAUAGACUCUGAGAUCGCAACAGAGGGAACGUCAAACCAAGAGCCUUACUAUGUAUCAUCGGACGAUGUGGCAGAGUUAGAGCAGGAACAGGUGAAAUUAGAAAAUGGUGUCUCUCAACCUGCUUCUGAGGGUCAAGAGAUGGCAAAAAAUGAAGAAGUGGAUGACUAUGCUGACAUCAAAGACAACGAUGGUGACGAUCAGCAGGUGGAGUGUGUGUCGUCUGAAGAUUACGUCGAGAUAGGAGAUGAAGAUGAGCCAGUAAACUUGGAGAGGAAAACCAAGUGCAAAAGUAUAAGAGAACGAUCGGCUAGAAGGGGACAAGCUCAUUUGAGUCAGAGGAACAGCUGCCAGCCACGUCUCAGACUUUGCAACAUUACUGUUCCUGCUGACUUGGAUGUAGGCAGAACUCCAGAACUUACAAACCGUGUGGUUUUUGCCCACACCACAGAAGCAUUUGAAGAGGGCAUCGAAGAGCUGGACUGUCAUAUUGUGCCUUUCUUUGAGGACUCUGACACAGAAAGUGACGAACACAUUUACGAGGAGGCUGGCUUCGACUCGGAGGGCGAGAAUUUUAUCUCUCUGGACAGGAAGAGCAUUGUGACGAGAUCUCGCUCGCUUUCUGGGAAAGUACCUGGAUAUGUUCCUGAGACUGUGCCUGAGGAGACGGGCACUGAGUACCAGUCUCACGACUACUACACUGUGGCCUUGGACCAGAAUGGAGUUCCACAUCCCAAGCUUUCAGAUGAAACAGAGGCAAACCGUGUAAUUCCCUCAUUGAAGCCAAGGCGCUUUCUUCUUUCUCCUCGUUCGCUUUCUGUUGAGGGCAGAGAUUUGCCAUUUUCAGGGCACUUUGAGGGUGAGAAAUCUCCUAGAGAGGAAUGCAGAUUGCAAAAAAAAGAUGACACACUUUCUUUGCCCUGUGUGAUUACUUCCUCUGGAAGCUUUUCUCAAAGAAGUCACCAGUCCUCCAGUGGUGUGUCGACACCUACAUCUCUAGUUGAUAUCCCACCACCCUUUGAGUUAGCUUACAUAACUAAGAGGCCUGUAACCAAAAGCUCUCCUUCACUUCUAAUCCAACACGAAUCUCCUGACAACCCCAAAAAGAAGAAGACUUCAUUUAAACGUUUCUUGGCUUUAAAAUUUAAGAAAAAAUCCGAAAGCAAAGCCCGUGGAGAUGGCAGUGUCCGCUCCUCCAGGUCAUCAUCUGAGUCUAGCCACCAUGGGCCGAUUCGGGUGCUGGAGCUUGAUCGAAGGAGUACAAGUGGCUCCCCGCAGCUUCAGUCUCUUGUGGGAAAGCCACAACGUAAUUCAGAAAUACCUACCACUUUUCUGCUUUACAAAGAGAGGCAAAGAAGGCAAGGUGCACCCAAGAGUUAUAGCAACAGGGGUAUAGCCAGAGUGGAGUCUUUUGAGGACCGCUCUCGGCCCCCCUUCAUGCCCCUACCCCUCACUAAACCACGCUCCAUCUCCUUCCCAAGUGCAGAUACUUCUGAUUAUGAAAACAUUCCUGCAAUAAGCUCAGACUAUGAGAAUAUCCAGAUUCCACAUGGACGACCCACUCGGGCAGUCACUAUUACAGAGUUCUUCGAUGACCACAAUCGGACAUCAGCACCUGCCAAUGAGAACGAUGGCUAUGUGGACAUGAAUAGCUUUGCAGGAAUAGAAAACAAGCCCACCACUCAAGAGCAAGACCCUGAAAGUGACUACACUGAGCCAUUCCCUGUUUGUUCUGUGUCUGCCACUGUGUCCAAUGAAGAAGACCAUGGAUACACAUCUGAGGAAGAGGACGGUUGUGGAGACCACUGUCAUGACCGACAGAUUGAUGGCCGAUCCAGAGCCUACUAUGUUGCCAAAGACCUGGUGGACUCAGAAAGAGAACACGUGAAGGCUUUGAAGAUUCUUCAGGAGGAUUUUAGAGCAGCAGUAGAGUCAGCAGGAGAUGAUGAGGAACCACUGUUAGAAAACGGGAGGCUGGACGAGAUCCUGAGCACUCUUCCUCAGGCCUACCACCUGCACAAUGAGAUCCUCAAUGAGCUGGAGACCCGCAUUAAACAGUGGGAGGACAGUCCGAGUGUGGUUGAUGUUAUAUUAACGCGCCGGGCUGAGUUGUCAUCCUUCGCAACUUACAUCUCAGACUAUGACCGCAGCAUGUCACUGCUGGAGGAGUGCUGUAGACAGAGGAAAGCUUUUGAGGAUGUGGUGAAACGGUUUGAGACACAGAAUGCAGAAGGAGUUCGUGUUCCUGUGAAACACCAGCUGCUGCGGGUCAUUGUGCGUGUGCUCCAGUACCGCAUGAUCCUCACAGACUACUUAAACAACCUCUCUCCGGAUUCAAAAGAGUAUGAAGACACACAAGCUGCGCUGGUAAUCGUGUCAGAGGUCGCAGACCAGGUUAAUGACAAUCUAAAACACGGGGAGAACCUGCUUCGUUUGGUCCACAUCGACUACAGCGUGAGAGGAAAACGAGACCUCCUUCAACCAGGAAGGGUUUUUGUCAAGGAGGGCACUCUGAUGAAGGUCUCUCGGAAAAGCCGGCAGCCCAGACACCUCUUCCUGAUGAAUGACGUGAUGCUGUACACCUACCCUCAGCAGGAUGGUAAAUACAGGCUGAAAAACACACUGACUCUAAGUGGAAUGAAGGUCAGUAAACCUGUCAUAGACAAUGUGCUCCACACGCUCAGGAUAGAAGUCAGUGAUGUUACAAUCACUCUUUCAGCGAGUUCUUUAGGUGAGAGAGAGGACUGGUUCCACAUGCUGAGCCGGGCUAUAGCAGAUCACGCCGCAGGCCUCAAUACCUUCAGCUGCUCUAGUGAGGCGAGAGAGAAAUUAUGGAUGUCUCUGGGAGAGGCUGCUCCUGUUCUAGUUCCUGUUUCACAUGUGAUGAUGUGCAUGAACUGCACAUCAGACUUCAGGCUAACACUGCGACGGCAUCACUGCAAUGCAUGUGGAAAGGUUGUGUGUCGCUCCUGCUCGAGAAACAGGUAUCCUCUAAAAUACCUGAAGGACAGGCUGGCUAAAGUCUGUGACCACUGCUACGCUGAGCUCAGAAAGAGAGGUGGUAAUAUUCCAGGGUCAUGUGGGAGCGCCAGUCCCUGCACAAACAGGGCCAGCAGGCCUCUCUCUGCUGUGUUCCAGAGCCUACAGCCACCCAGCCUGUGGAGGAACAGAAAGAGCACCUCACCUCUCACACAGGUAUCUGUGGGUGCAGAGGGGUCCACUAUGAGUGGCAGUCUGCAAAGAUGCAAAAAGAGCAAAAGGAAGUGGAAGAGGCUGUGGUUUCUGCUCAAAGACAAGGUGCUCUACACCUUUAAAGCACGAGAGGAUAAAGUGGCAUCUGAAAGUCUUCCUCUGCAGGGCUUUACUGUGAAGCUGUCGGAUCGAUCAGAAGGGGAAGACAAAGACAACGUUUUCCAGCUGUACCAUAAAAAAACACUGUAUUACACCUUCAGAGCAGACGACCAGCAUACUGCACGCAGGUGGGUAAAUGCAUUGGAAGAGGCCACAGUGUUAUAGUAUCCAGCUAUCUGCCCAGACGACAACAGGACUCUGGGCAGGAUUCCCCAGACAGCUGAACCCAUCAUGGGCUUAAACCUAUGACAUCAGAGUCACCUGUGCCUGAGAAACCAGCGGAAUCACACCAUUAAUACCUUCAUUUUUAUCUCCAUCUUCUUUUUGGCUGCUGAAUUUAUGGACAGAUUCACACAAGGCAUGUCACGCUCUGUGUUUGUGCUGUCCCAGGACGAGUCCCAUGCCUCACCUACUUCACAGACUCAUUAAAAAAGUGCCAUAUGUAAACAGUGCAGUUCAGUGAAGCUCAGGCGUUGUGCAUGAUUGCUCUGAAACUACUCGUCUGUGUCGAAUAAAGAAGAAUGUUCUUUUUUUUUUUUUUAAAUUGUAACUGCCUUUUUAUAUGCAGUGCUGUCAUUUUAUACAGUAAUGUAAAAUAAAAAAUAAAUUAAGGCAUUUGUUAUAGCUUGGAAGAAUAUGAUAAGCCAAAACAGGCUUGUUAUAGACAAUAUAUUGUUCAUUUAAUUUAACAGCUAAAUGUUUAGCAUGGCAUAUCCUACCACCUCGGAUAUAAAAAGUCCAUGUUUUAUAUACAAAUGACAUCAUGUGAUAUAUAUAUAUAUAUAUAUAUAUAUAUAUACAUUUGGAUUUGAUACAGAAUUGUAUAGCCUAAAUGAAGAAAUCUGUACAUUUUACAAUUCAGUGUAAUAUAUUUAAUUUGCAGCUGUAUUAAGAUAUUGCUAUCAUCUGCUGUGAUUCAUUUUUCUCUGCACAUUUGGUAGUUAUUUUAUCGUGGUCCCCAAGCUGACUUUGUUCCCGUAUAAACAUCACCAUGUCAACCAUUGUUUUCGCUAGAAUACCACCACAGUUAUUGUUACUAAUUUGAUAUUAGUCACCACCACUGACAUCAAAAACAUAAAAAAAACAUAUCAGGAGAAAAAUUCUAUUUUGAAUAUAAUCCUAUAUGCAUUUGGUAUAAUUACAUCAAUAUUAAUAACUAUGGUAUAUGGUCAGAAACAAUGGUUAUUAUGGUAAAAAGGAUGGUUGUAUGCACCAUGUCACAUACCUUUGAAGGCCACAUUUGGUAAAACCUCAAUGUAAAUCAGUAUGCAAAUGUUGUGAACAUCUGUGUCGGUUGAACCUUUCAUUAAAAAUUGUGACGUGUCAUAAGCUUUAUGUACAGUAUCAGCCUUAAGCAGUUUUUUAUUUAGGCCAUCAUCUAAAGCCAUGUUAUUCCCCAAAAAUAUGUUUAAAAAUGUUUUCAAUUUUUUUAAGAUAAAUGCCAUAAAGAAUCAAACUGCAUUUUCAAAUGAGUUUAG